AUGGCUUCUCAAGUGCGCCAGAACUACCAUGCUGAGUGUGAAUCUGCUGUAAACAGACUGAUUAACUUGGAAUUUUAUGCCAGCUAUGUGUACUUGUCUAUGUCCUACCAUUUUGACCGUGAUGAUGAAGCUUUGUGCCAUGUAGCUAAGUUCCUGAAGGAGCAAUCCCAGGAAGAGAGGAAGCAUGCUGAGAAAUUUAUGAAAUAUCAGAACACGAGAGGGGGACAUAUUCUGCUCAAGGACAUCAAGAAGCCAGAGAUGGAUGGAUGGGGCAGUACCUUAGAUGCUCUUCAUAGUGCCCUGGCACUGGAGAAGGAGGUCUGCCAGGCACUGCUGGAUCUGCACAAGCUGGCGACUGAGAAGGGGGACCCUCAUCUGUGUGACUUCCUGGAGUCUGAAUACCUAGAGGAGCAAGUGAAGGCCAUCAAGCACCUGGGAGACCACCUCACAAAUCUGCGGCGUUUGGGCCUGCCCCAGAAUGGCACAGGAGAGUACCUGUUUGACAGGCUUUCUUUGGAGAAGAGCAGUUGAAUUCUCACAUCACUGGAAGUUUAUGUACUGCAUGUUGUUUAGGAAACAGAAAUAAAAA